CGGCGGCGGCGGCGGCGGCGGCGGGCCGAGGAGCCGGGCGCGAUGGAGCGGAAGAGGUGGGAGUGCCCGGCGCUCCCGCAGGGCUGGGAGAGGGAAGAAGUGCCCAGAAGGUCGGGGCUGUCGGCCGGCCACAGGGAUGUCUUUUACUAUAGCCCCAGUGGGAAGAAGUUCCGGAGCAAGCCCCAGCUGGCGCGGUACCUGGGGGGAUCCAUGGACCUGAGCACCUUCGACUUCCGGACGGGCAAGAUGCUCGUGGGCAAGAUGAACCGGAGCCGCCAGCGGGUCCGCUACGACUCGGCCAGCCAGGCCAAGGGCAAGCCGGACCUGAACACGGCCCUCCCCGUCAGACAGACAGCGUCCAUCUUCAAGCAGCCAGUGACCAAGAUCACCAACCACCCCAGCAACAAGGUGAAGAGUGACCCACAGAAGGCCGUGGAGCAGCCUCGGCAGCUCUUCUGGGAGAAGAAGCUGAGUGGUCUCAAUGCCUUCGACAUCGCCGAGGAGCUCGUCAAGACCAUGGACCUCCCCAAGGGCCUGCAGGGCGUGGGGCCAGGCUGCACGGACGAGACCCUGCUGUCGGCCAUUGCCAGCGCCCUGCACACCAGCACCAUGCCCAUCACCGGGCAGCUCUCCGCCGCCGUGGAGAAGAACCCUGGGGUGUGGCUGAACACGGCCCAGCCCCUCUGCAAGGCCUUCAUGGUGACCGACGAGGACAUCAGGAAGCAGGAGGAGCUGGUGCAGCAGGUGCGCAAGCGGCUCGAGGAGGCGCUGAUGGCCGACAUGCUGGCCCACGUGGAGGAGCUGGCGCGGGACGGCGAGGCGCCGCUGGACAAGGCCGGCGCGGACGCGGACGCGGACGACGAGGAGGACGAGGACGAGCCUGACCAGGACCAGGAGAUGGAGCACGUGUAAAGCAGAGGCCCCGUGGAGGCCUGCGUGCGGGGCGCGCCCUGCAGACUCCGCUGUCUCCACACUCGGACCAGGCUCUGGGGCCCAGCCCAGCAGGCCGAGGAUGAUGGCGGCCCCUCCUAGGCCUUCCCAGGCGUGUCCCCUCCCCUGGGUCCUCGGGGGCACGGCUGGAGGACAGUUCUGCCUGACGGGCCCCCCACGCUUGCUCUCCUCGGAAGGGUCUGGGUCCAGACGCACCUGUCGCCCCUGGGCCUGGCUGCAGGGGCCCUCCUUGGAACCCUCCCCCCGCCCUGGACUCGGGGCCGGCCAUGUCCCCACGGCCACAUCACACAGGACAGCUGCCGCGGGGCGGCAUGUGAGGGUCCCCAAGGGGCUGGAGAAAUAUUUUUUGGAACAGUCCUGCUCCCUGCCCCCAGCGCGUGAGGGAUGCUGCUCCAGGGUCCGCACGUCAGACCUCCAGGAAGGGGGUGCGGGACGGCUGCCCUGUGCGCCCACUGGAGGGCGAGGCCAUGACCGCUCCGAGCUCAUCUGAAGGAAAACGCACAGCCCAGACGUUUUCCUUCAAUAAACCCGCGUACAAACGAGGCAGGACGUCGCUCGAGCGGUCAGCCCAUGUGUCUGCUGCACGUGGAGGCGAACUUCGCCUUUGUGUCGGGGGAGCUCACUGUCGACAGCACGGCCGCCCCUGCCCGCAGUCAGUCGGCCACCAGCAACACCCAGCUCCCGGCCGAUGUCCCGGGCCGGGGCUCCAAGGCAGCUGUGCCACAGGCCAGGGCUCUGCGUCCCCCCUCCCCCUGUGGCGGGGACGGUGACGCCUGGCGCUCAGGGCCAGAGCUGGUGCUGGGGCCACGGCCUCUCCGGGGUCCUGUCCUGGGAUGUGUUCUGUGGGCCCAGUGUUUUCCAGCACCCGGUGCCCAGAGCAGCAGCCUCGGAGGAGCUCAGAGUGCGGAGGCCAUUGGAACCAUGUCACUCCGCCCGCCACCUCUUAGCUGGAGUGCCUUGGGUGAGGGGAGCCCUCCCGUCCCCGCUCAGCCCUGGCCCACAGCCCAAGACUGUCGGGCAGGACCUGGGCUGUUGCGUGUGUGGCUGUCACCCUGGCUGAUGCGCAGGGACGGGGAGGUAGUGAGAGGCACCUGGCGGUCCGAGGACGCUGGCCCACCUCGGCACACAGCAGCUUCGUGCCCGGCCCAUCAAAGCACAAAUUCUCCGGGACCAGCGUGGGAGUGCGUGCAGGCCCGCAGGGGCCCCGGGCCACCACCGGCCCCCAGGAGGGCCCCUCCCCUGCGGCCACAUGGCCUCCUGCCCUUCAGAGGCCACAGCUGCUGACGGAGCUCUGUCUGGGGCUGGCCCCUGCGUGGGCCUGAGGUCCAGGUGCUGGGGCCCCUGCCCAGCCGGGGGGACUGCGGGGCCCGGGAGGCACCAUGUGCCGUGGGCGACUGUUGAAUAAAGCCGUCUCGGUGAGUGUG